AUGAUUAUGUUUCCUCAUUUUGGGAAGAUUUCUCUGGGUAUUCUGAUAUUUGUCCUGAUAGAAGGAAACCUUCCAUCAUUAACAGCACAAACCUACUUAUCUUUAGAAGAGAGCCAAGAACCCAAGAGUACAGUUUCUUUUCUCCUGACUGGCUCAGAAUCCACAGACUCUUCUCUAUCUAUUGAAAAGAAACAACCUAUGGACCACAGAGAAACUGAGAGACAGUGGUUGCUCAGAAGAAAGCGAUCUACUUUGUUUCCUAACGGUGUGAAAACCUGCCCAGAUGAAAAUGUUACAGAGGCUAUGGCAAACCAUGUGAAAUAUUUUAAAGUCCGAGUAUGCCAGGAAGCUGUCUGGGAAGCCUUCAGGACUUUUUGGGAUCGACUUCCUGGGCGUGAAGAAUAUCAUUACUGGAUGAAUUUGUGUGAGGAUGGAAUCACAACUAUAUUUGAAAUGGGCACACAUUUUAGUCAGUCUGUGGAACAUAGAAGCUUAAUUAUGAAGAAACUGACACACACAAGGGAAACUGUAAGCAGCCCUGAAUUGUCAUCUCCAGUUCCUGUUGGUGAUACGUCAACAUUGGGAGGUGCCAGUCUCAGUGUUCCAUAUCCAGGGGUGACCUUCUAUGAAGGUAUCUCAGAGAGCAGCUUGGAGAGGCCAGAAGAGAGUAUUAGCAAUGAAAUUGAGACUGUGAUAGAAGAAUCCACAAAACCAGCAGUGGAGCAGGUUGCAGAAUUCAGUAUCCACCUUUUGGGGGAACAAUACAAUGAAGAACUACAGGAUCCCUCCAGCUUUCACCACCAGCGCCUUGUAGAAGAGUUUAUUUCAGAGGUGGAAAAUGCAUUUACUGGGUUACUGGGCUACAAGGACAUUCAUGUACUUGACUUUAGGUCCCCUAAGGAAAAUGGCAGUGGCAUAGAUGUUCACUACGCAGUUACCUUCAAUGGUGAGGCCAUCAGCAAUACCACCUGGGACCUAAUUAGCCUUCACUCCAACAAGGUGGAGAACCAUGGUCUGGUGGAAUUGGAUGAUAAGCCCACUGCUGUUUAUACAAUUAGUAACUUCAGAGAUUAUAUUGCUGAGACACUGCACCAGAAUUUUUUGCUGGGGACCUCCUCUUUGAAUCUGGAUCCUGACUCCCUUCAGCUUAUUGAUGUGAGAGGAGUUUUACUUCCCCAAAGUAAAGACCAAGUUUGGAACACCCAAAGUUCAAGUCUUCAGGAAACCUUACCAUCUAUUCUGGAUAAUACCCCUCAAGCUGAAUGGCCCUCAGCAGAUGAAUUCACCAUGAGCAGUAUUUCACCACUUGAUUUCAGCUCUGGUCCUCCUUCAACCACUGGCAGGGAACUCUGGUCAGAAGGCCCUUUGGGUGAUUUAGUGUCUGCACCCAAAUUAGCUUUUCCCUCGAAGGUGAGCCUCAGUUCUUCCCCAGAGGUUUUAGAGGUUAGCAGCUUGACUCUUCAUUCUGUCACCCCAGCAGUGCUUCAGACUGGCUUGCCUGUGGCUUCUGAAGAAAGGACUUCUGGGUCUCACUCAUUAGAAGAUGGAUUAACUAAAGUUAAAGGGUCAGAAGAUUUUCUUUCUAUUGAUCCACUGCCUUCAAGCCCAUUUAGUCGUCCUGUGCCAAAAGAAGUAAUACCAUCCAUGGAAGACUCUGGGGUGUCUUUGACAUCCUCACCAUAUCCGGUCUCCUCUGUCACAUUCGAUAUUCUUGCUAAAGAAGUAACACCUUUUGGCAUGGACUCUUUGGCCUCCAAAGUCAAAGGCCAAUCAGAAGUGAGCACUUGGAUGCCAGACACAUCUAUGGAGAAAGAGUUCAUAUUUGAGAGUGGUUUAGGUUCAGGGUCUGGGCAAAAGGUAGGUCUGAUUACUUGGCCAUGGAGCAAGACUUCAUUAGAGAAGAGCACUGAACCAUUUUCCAAGUCAUGGCUUGAAGUUGAGGAUUCAGAGGAUUUACUUUUGCCAACUGAGGAUAUAGAUGAGAAACUAGUUAUAGAUGACAGAACAGAUUCCAUAGAUCAAAGUACUGAGCAUUCAAAAUAUGGGCAUAUUGAUAGAUCCAGAAGCUUUGCAGAGGAUGAGACCCUUGGUGGACCUACUGUGUCCAUCUUUGCAGAGACCACAACUCAAUCUGCAUCUCCAGUUCUAUCCAAGCACACAUCAGAAGUACCUGACAUUGACUAUUACUCAAUUACCAAAUCACCUCCUCUACUGACAUCUGCAGCAAUCUCUGCUUCUACUGAUAAACCAGUUCAAGAAGAACCCUUUCUAAAGGAGGAUAUGGAACAAACUACAGAGUCAUCCAACCGUGAAUGGUUUGACAGCAAGAUUUCAGUAGUGAAGCCGGAUGUACAACCUUUGUGGACCAUAUUGCCAGAAUCAGAUGUAGUUUGGGCAAGAACUUCUUCCCUAGGGAAACUGUCCAGAGACACAUUGGCAAGUACACCACAGAGUACUGACAAGCUCUGGUUGAAAGCUUCCAUGACACAGUCUACCAAAUUGCCUUCAACCACAAGUUCCACCCUGCUGGAAGAUGAAGUCAUUAUGGGCGUACAGGAUAUUUCAUUAGAAUUGGACCAGAUAGGCACAGAUUACUAUCAUCCUGAGCUAAUCCCAGAGGAAAAUGGCAAGGUUGGUGGUUAUGUGGAAAUGUCUACAAGUAUUCACUCCACAGAGAUGGCUAUUGUGGCCCAGCCAACAAAAAGCGAUGACUUGAGUCAUACCCAAGCCGCAGGAGCUUUGGUGGUUUUCUUCAGCCUCAGAGUGACUAACAUGAUGUUUUCAGAAGAUCUGUUUAAUAAAAACUCUUUGGAGUAUAAAGCCCUGGAGCAAAGAUUCUUAGAACUGCUGGUUCCCUAUCUCCAGUCAAAUCUCACUGGGUUCCAGAAUUUAGAAAUCCUGAACUUCAGAAAUGGCAGUAUUGUGGUGAACAGCCGAAUGAAGUUCGCCAAGUCUGUCCCUCCUAAUGUCACCAAUGCUGUAUAUGUGAUUCUGGAAGACUUUUGCACCACUGCUUACCAAACCAUGAACUUGGCUAUUGAUAAAUACUCCCUCGAUGUGGAAUCAGGUGAUCAAGCCAACCCUUGCAAGUUUCAAGCAUGCAAUGAAUUUUCCGAGUGUUUGGUCAACCCCUGGAGCGGAGAAGCAGAGUGCAGAUGCUACCCUGGGUACCUGAGUGUGGAAGAACUGCCCUGCCAGAGUCUCUGUGACCUACAGCCCGACUUCUGCUUGAAUGAUGGAAAGUGUGACAUCAUGCCUGGGCAUGGGGCCAUUUGUAGGUGCCGGGUGGGUGGGAACUGGUGGUAUCGAGGUGAGCACUGUGAAGAGUUUGUGUCCGAGCCCUUGGUGAUAGGCAUCACCAUCGCCUCCAUGGUUGGACUCGUCCUCAUUUCUUCUGCUUUCGUCUUCUUCAUCAUCAGGACUCUUCAAGCUCAGUAUGUUAGGAGAGAAAGAGAGAGACCCUUCAGUGGCUCCAGCAGGCAGCCUGACAGCCUCUCAUUUGUGGAAAGAGCUGUAAAGCACAACCCCGUGUUUGAAAGUCACGGGGCUGAUCUCGAGCAGUACGAAGGACCCUACCCUCAGCGGCCCUUCUACAGCUCCACAGGCAGAGAGAUGAUUGCUGGUCUGAGCAGGGAAGAAAUCAGACAAAUGUAUGAGAACAGUGAGCUUUCCAGAGAGGAAAUUCAAGAAAGAAUGAGAAUUUUGGAACUGUAUGCCAAGGAUCCUGAGUUUGCAGCUUUUGUGAGAGAACAUCAAAUGGAAGAGCUUUAACCAAAACUCCUAUUUUACAACUGAUUAGAAGC